AUGACUGCUGAAUGGAAUUCAUUCGAUGCUGGAAUUCCGAUGUCCCGAACAGCAGCAGCGGUGGCAGCAGCGGCGGCGGUGGCUGUGACUGAAGGAACCUCGCUUUCACCGUCGUUGAAUCAAGAUGCUCUGUGGCAAAUGAACUUGAGAUCGAGUGAAACAAUGGAAUCUGGUCCCUACCCUGAGCGUCCUGGAGAACCAGAUUGUUCUUAUUAUAUCAGGACAGGCCUUUGUAGAUUUGGGGCAACAUGUCGUUUUAAUCAUCCUCCUAACCGAAAGCUGGCUAUUGCCGCUGCAAGGAUGAAAGGAGAAUUUCCAGAAAGAGCAGGACAACCUGAAUGCCAGUACUACCUGAAGACAGGAACUUGCAAAUUUGGAGCUACAUGCAAGUUUCAUCAUCCUAGAGACAAAGCUGGGAUAGCUGGGAGGGUUUCUUUAAAUAUUUUGGGCUAUCCUCUUCGCCCGAAUGAGACAGAGUGUGCUUAUUAUUUAAGAACUGGACAAUGUAAGUUUGGGAGCACUUGUAAAUUCCACCAUCCUCAGCCAACUAAUAUGAUGGUCUCUGUGCGUGGCUCUCCUAUUUAUCAAACUGUCCCUUCUCCUACGACUCCUGGUCAGCAGUCAUAUGCAGGAGGGAUUACAAAUUGGUCAAGAGCAUCUUUCAUUCCCAGCCCCCGCUGGCAAGGUCCUUCAAGUUAUGCACCUUUGAUUUUACCUCAAGGGGUGGUGUCAGUUCCAGGCUGGAAUGCUUACAGCGGUCAACUGGCAUCAGUCUCUUCGUCAGAGAACCUGCAGCAGACAAAUGGAAAUAAUCAAUAUGGAACCUCACACCAGAAUGAAUCGGCAACUGCAGGGUCUCAAGCAUCCUUUUCUCAAUUUCGUUCUGGCUCUGUCCCUGUGGGUUAUUAUGCAUUGCAGAGAGAGAAUGUAUUUCCUGAGAGACCUGGCCAGCCUGAGUGCCAAUUUUACAUGAAGACUGGAGAUUGUAAAUUUGGUACAGUUUGUAGGUUUCAUCACCCAAGAGAGAGAGUUCUUCCUGCCCCAGACUGUUUGUUGAGUCCUAUAGGCCUUCCUUUACGUCCGGGAGAACCUCUUUGCAUUUUCUAUUCUCGAUAUGGAAUUUGCAAAUUUGGUCCAAGUUGCAAGUUUAACCAUCCUAUGGGAAUUUUCACAUACAAUUAUUCUACAUCAUCUCCAUCUGAUGCCCCAGUUCACCGUUUAUUGGGGUCAUCUUCAGGAACUGCUGGGUUAAACCUGUCAUCAGAGGGGCUUGUUGAAGCAGGCUCUACAAAGGCCAGGCGGCUUUCACUGUCAGAGAAUAGACAAUUGUCUUCCAGUGAUGAUAAUAUUGACACAGAGGGAUAAGCACUGCAACAAGAUAUGGGCUGAUUACCUUUGACAAUCUUUUGAUGGAUGAGGAAGAGUAAUCUGUAAAUUCAUUUCCCAUUGUUGGAGAUGUACAGAGUUCAUGUCAAGUUGAUUCUGUUCUUUAAAAAAUAUGCAAUUCAGUCGAUAGUUGCCUCUUCUGAAUUUCAUGUUGCUGCAUUGUAUAAAUCUGAAAAUGAUGUCACAUUUGGUAAAACCCAAUGUGAACAGUUCAUCUGUCCCAAAGCUCUUUUUCUUUCUAAUUUUUGUGUUAUGUUUCUUUCACAGUAUGUUAUGCGAGGCAUUUCUUUUGCAGUUUUUAUGCCUCAGCCUAAUUUUCUGGUGAAACUUCAUCUAGCUGCUGUGUUUAAGAUUUCCAGUCUAGGCCCUCGCUUUUCAAAUAUGAGUAAUUGUCUGCCACCCUGCUUUGUUCAUACAGCAUAGCUUCCACAUUUAUAUCAUACUUCUUCCUCUUCUUUUUGCUUCUUGGACCUCACAUCCACAGACAUUUCCUAAUAUCAGCCUUUUUUCUUGAG